GAUCCUGUCCAGUUGACUUCAAACCAGUUUGGUCCAGUUUAUGGACAAGAUCCAGCCAACACACCUUCCCCAAAAUCAAGGGCUGGGAUCAUCCCAGAUCACACCCGACCCUUCUUCCCCCAAAAUCAAGGGCCUCUCCCCCCCGACCGCUGUAUCUCCGCCGCCGCCACCAUUACCGACCACCACCAACACCAACCACCCUAGCGCCGGAGAUAUAGCGUAAUGCCUCUUAUCGCCUGAAUUCGGUUUUCGUUCUGACCCUACUCGAUUAAAACCCGACGUGUUGGUUUCAUCCACUCGUGGAAUGGAUAUGUUCAACAUGGACGCCGGUCAAUCAACCUCGAUGAUGUCGUUGGAUUUAUGGUUCGUGGGUUUGCCUCGAAUUAGAAGUGGUUGGUUUCAAUUUUAAUGGUUUUCUACUAAUAGGUGUACGGUUUCGAAUCUGAAGUUGGAGAUAUGGAUUAAGCAUCAGAUAUAGGAGUUCGCAUGUUUCAAAUCUGAAGAUGGAGAUAUGGAAAUUGGGUUUCGGAUGAAUUUUUAAUUUGCUUCACGAGGGAGUUCUUGAAAAUGGGUCGCCGGAAAUCGAACUCGCCGGAAAAAGGAGGUGCCCCUGCCGGAGUGGGUACAGGGAAAGGUGGGGCAGUGUCAUGGCGGUGGUCGGUAAUGGCGGCGGCGGCGGAGAUACAGCGGUCGAGGGAGGCUGAGGGCUUUCAUUUUUGGGGAAGAAAAGUUAGGUGUGAUUUGGGAUGAUCCCAGCCCUUGAUUUUGGGGAAGAUGUGUUGGCUAGAUCUUGUCCGCAAACUGGACCAAACUGGUUUGGGGGUCAACUGGACAGGAUCCAAGUCCCCGUUUACAAGUACUACGAUCCUCAAUCCAAGCAGUCUCUCCCUCUCCCUCUCUCUCUUCCUCCUCCCUCUCUCUCUCUCUCUAGAAAGACACAAUCACCAUGUUUAACUCCACCAAAUCAAUUCACAUCCUAAUCUUUCCAUACCCAGCUCAAGGCCACAUGCUCCCACUCCUGGACCUAACCCACCAACUAGCCCUCCACGGCCUCACCCUAACAGUUCUAGUCACACCCAAAAACCUCCCCACCCUAAACCCACUUCUCUCAGCGCACCCAUCAAUCAAAACCCUAGUCCUCCCCUUACCGCACCACCCAUCUCUACCUGCCGGCGUCGAAAACGUCCGGGACAUCGGACUCUCCGGCAACGUUCCGAUCAUAAACGCACUGGGAAAGCUCCAUGACCCAAUUACCCAGUGGUUUAAGUCCCACCCUAAUACCCCUGUGGCCCUCAUCUCUGAUUUCUUCCUUGGGUGGACCCUACACCUAGCCAACCAACUUGGUAUCCCAAGAAUUGCCUUUUACUCAUCUGGGGCAUUUUUAACCUCUCUGCUUAACUUUCUGUGGCAGAAUAUCAAAACUGUCCGCUCUUUACCCGCGGUAAAUUUCCCCGAUUUACCACGGUCGCCGUGUUUUGCCUCGGCGCAUCUACCUUCUGUGUACCGGGUGUACAGAGAGUCCGAACCCGACACGGAGUUCCUUAGGGAUGGGUUUCUUGCAAAUACUAGGAGUUGGGGGAGUAUUUUCAAUUCAUUUGACGGAUUGGAGGGAGAGUAUUUAGAUCACUUGAGGAAGGAAAUGGGUCACGGGCGGGUUUGGGGAGUCGGUCCGCUUAGCUUGGUGGGUGCGGAUGAAGCGAUAAGUCGGGUCAACCUGGAUCAGAAUUCGGGUGGUGGUGUAUUGUCAUGGCUUGAUGGGUGUCCUGAUGGGUCUGUGGUGUAUGUGUGCUUUGGGAGUCAGAAGUUGUUGAAAAGGGACCAAAUGGAGGCCUUGGCUUCCGGGCUUGAACGCAGUGGAAUCCGGUUUGUUUGGGUUGUCAAGUCGGUAUCUGCCCAACAAACGGCUGAUGGGUACGGUGUCAUUCCGGACGGGUUCGAGGACCGGGUAUCUAGGAGGGGUAUGAUGGUAAAGGGGUGGGCCCCGCAAGUUUCGAUACUAAGUCAUCGAGCCGUGGGCGGGUUUCUGAGUCAUUGUGGGUGGAACUCGUUGUUGGAAGGGGUAGUGGCGGGGGUUAUGAUACUGGCUUGGCCCAUGGAGGCGGACCAAUUUGUGAAUGCCAGACAUUUGGUGGAGGACAUGGGAGCGGCAGUUCGCGUUUGUGAGGGUGCGGAUUCAGUUCCAGACUCGGUUGAGUUGGCUCGGACAAUUGCAGAGUCAAUGAGUGGGAAUACUGCCCAAAAGGUUAAAGCAAAGCAUUUGAGAGACAAGGCAAUAGAAGCAGUUAAAGUAGGUGGGAGUUCUUGGAAGGAAUUAGAGGCUCUAGUGAGUGAAUUGGCCCAACUUGGAAGAUGAACACUUGCAAAUUGAGCCUAAAUAGAGGACUGGGUCAGUGUCCAACUAUGUAAUAGUAGUGGCCGAACCGUUAAAGCUUUUUUUUUAAAAUAAGUAUUUAUUUUAAGACUUUUGAAAAAGAAAUAAGAAUCCUUGGCCCAACUUUGAAAA